AUGUACUUCAACGGUGUCUAUAAAACGCUGCUGGUUCUGUUGAUUUUAGUACACUUUACGCACGAAUAUACCGGUGGUGGCGAUAUAGAGUUGAAAGUUGGUGUUCUCUUCUUCCGCGAUGAGUACGACAUUGAAUUGAGUUUUGAUGAAGCAUUCCAUCAGAUUAAUACCAAUAAACUAUUUGGCCUUACUUUUAAAACGAUUAAGCGCUAUGUGCCAAGCGAUGAUAGCUUUAUAUUACAACAAUUGACUUGCGAAUUGCUUUCAGAUGGCGUUGCCGCUAUUUUCGGACCAAGUUCAAAGGCAACAAGUGACAUUGUUGCCAUUAUAGCCAAUGCCACUGGCAUACCACAUAUGGAAUUCGACUGGAGCAUUGCGUCACCAGCGCAAAAUAUUUUAAACAAUAGAAUGACCGUAAAUGUGGCACCAUCAGUGGCGAUGAUUUCAAAAGCCUACUACAAUAUAAUAAAAAAUCAUUAUGGUUGGGAUGAAUUUACAAUCGUCUACGAAACUAAGGCUGGUCUCACACGCUUACAGGAUCUCAUGAAUAUUAAUAACUUGAAUUUCGAUUUAAUUAAGUUACGUUACAUUGAAGAUUAUAAAAAUGAUUUGCGCGUUCUUUGGAAAGAGACGAGUGAGACCCUACAUGAACAUAAAAUCAUACUCGACUGUGAUGCCAAUUCAUUGCAGACGUUAUUCGAGACUGCGAAGGAGUUCAAGCUAUUCACCUUAUUUAAAUACUGGUUUUUAACUGAUUUGAAUACACAUAAUUCGGCUUUGAGAAGAAUGUAUAAUCCUGAUUACAGAGCUAAUAUAACUUCCGUGAGAUUAAAAUUAGUCGAAGAUAAUCCAUUUAGCCGCAAGAAGACACGUAUACGACCAAUCGAUAAAAUUUUCAGCAACCAAGUGAUGCUACCGAUUUUAAUGUACGAUGCUGUUGUACUAUACGCUAAUGCCGCCCGGAACGUAAUUACCACAUUGAGACAAUUUACGGAGCCACAAAUGCGUUGUGAGUUCGAUUACCCCAGUAGGCCAUGGUAUAUAGGGCGGGAAAUUGUGGAGGAAAUGAAGACGAUUUCCGAGGAUGACGUUGAUCCCCCCUUCAAAACGGAGAAUUUCAAAAUCGAUGAAAACGGCCAACGAAAACAAUUUAAUUUGGAGAUAUACAAACCAACGACAAAUGAUAUUAUGGUCGUAUGGAAACCUGACGGUAGUCUCUCACCGCCAACUUCACUACAAGCCGCUUUGGGUGGUGCUACGUCAACAGCGCCCGAUUUCUCGUUGGCACGUAAGACCUUCAUAGUGGCAACACGUUUUGAGGAGCCCUAUUUCAUGUUGAAAGAAGAUCAUGAAACUUUGCGUGGCAUGGAGAAGUAUGAAGGUUAUGCCGUGGAUCUGAUGCAGAAGUUGGCCGACUUGAUGGAGUUUAAUUAUGAAUUUCUAGUUGAACGUACGACGGGAAAAAUGAAUCCUGAUACAGGGGAAUGGGAUGGCAUGAUUAGGCGGUUGAUUGAUCAUCAAGCUCAUAUUGCAAUUAGUGACAUCACAAUUACACAGGCACGUCGUAGAGUAGUCGAUUUUACUGUGCCCUUUAUGCAAUUGGGUAUCAGUAUUUUAUAUUAUAGAAGAAAACCGGCCGCAAAGAAUCCAUAUGCGUUCUUAGAGCCCUUUGCAGAAGAAGUUUGGUAUAAUUUAAUGCUGACGCAAUUGAUAAUGACUUUGUUGUUCGUGGUAUUAGCGCGUUUCUCUCAUCAUGAGUGGACGAAUCCCAAUCCCACGGAAUCUGAUCCAGAUGAACUUGAGAAUAUAUGGAACAAUUCCAAUUCAUUUUGGCUGAUGAUUGGUUCAAUUAUGCAACAGGGUUGCGAUAUACUGCCAAAAGGACCGCCGAUGCGUAUACUCAGCAGCAUGUGGUGGUUCUUCACAUUGAUGAUGGUCAAUGCUUACGUGGCCAAUUUAGCUGCGUCCCUAACGAAUAAUAAGCUGACGAGUGAGUUUGACAGUCUCAGCAGUCUAAUCGAUCAGAGUAAGGUUAAGUAUGGUACUUUGUCCGGCGGUAGUACGUCGGUUUAUUUUUCCGAAUCGAAUGAGACCGAUUAUAAGAGAGCUUGGAAUCAAAUGAUAUCAUUUACGCCAUCAGCGUUCACGUCCAGUAAUAAGGAGGGCGUCGAUCGUGUGCGUAAGGAGGAGGGCAAGUAUGCCUUUCUCAUGGAAACCACAUCUAUGUCAUACAAUAUUGAACGAAGCUGCGAUCUAAAACAAGUUGGUAGUCAAUUCGGUGAGAAGCAUUAUGCCUUAGCUGUGCCACUAGGUGCUGAGUAUCGUUCAAAUUUGAGCGUCUCUUUACUCAAACUCAGCGAGCGAGGUGAACUCUUCAAUUUGAAGCGUCGCUGGUGGAAGCCACGAGAUGAAAUCAAUUGUACUAGACCUACUGAUAACGAUGGCGAUGAGCUCUCUAUUAUCGAAUUGGGUGGCGUAUUUCUUGUGCUCGGCGGCGGCGUACUUGUCUCUUUCAUUAUUGGUAUUUGUGAAUUUCUAUGGAACGUGCAGACAGUUGCUGCCGAGGAAAAGACCACACGUUGGCAGGCCUUUAAAGCUGAACUCUGCUUUGUUUUAAAAUUUUGGAUUACAAAGAAACCAGCAAAAAUAUCGGAGAGCACAAAAUCUUCAAUUUCCUCGAAAUCCUCCUCAAAACGGUCAACAGAUCGUUCACGUUCGCAUUCACGUUCGCAUAGUUAUGUAAGCGGGCGUUCUCGUCGCACAACCAAAUCGAAGACAUCGCAUCACGAGCGAGUGCGCGAGCGCAACCGCGAACGCGAGCGAAGUGUGCACAGUCGAAGUGUCCAUAGUCGUAGAUAUUAUGAUUGAGUUAAAGAGUUGAAGUAUUUUCGGAAAUUGAAAAUUUGAGGAAAUUCUAUUUAAUUUUAAUACAUAAAUUAUGCUAACUUAUG